AUGGCCGCCCUUGGAGACGACUUGUUGUCCACAGUAAACAAACUGCAGGACUUGGUGUUCAACACAAUCGGCAACGACUCUCUCGAUCUACCACAGAUUGUUGUCGUUGGAUCGCAGUCAGCCGGAAAGUCUUCGGUCCUCGAGAACAUCGUCGGGAGGGAUUUUCUACCCCGUGGCAGUGGGAUUGUAACCAGGCGACCUCUGAUUCUCCAGCUCAUCAACGUUCCGGAGGAAGAAGGCGCCGCAGUCGAUGUUGGCUACAGAUCUCCAGACGCCGCUAGGCCCGGCGAAUGGGCAGAGUUUCACCACAUACCCAACCGUAGAUUCACAGACUUUGGCGACGUCAAGCGCGAGAUCGAGAACGAGACGGCAAGAAUAGCAGGCACAAACAAGGGUAUCAACCGACAGCCUAUCAACCUCAAAGUCUACUCACCACAUGUUCUCAACCUUACCCUCGUUGAUUUGCCCGGAUUAACAAAGGUCCCCAUUGGAGACCAGCCCGGCGAUAUAGAAAAGCAAACACGCACCCUUAUCUCCGAGUACAUUGCCAAACCCAACAGUAUUAUCCUAGCUGUCUCUCCCGCAAAUGUCGACAUUGUCAACUCGGAGGCCUUGAAACUGGCCCGUCAUGUUGACGGCCUGGGCAGGAGGACUAUCGGUGUCCUGACCAAGGUCGAUCUCAUGGACCAUGGCACCAAUGCUCUCGACAUUCUGUCCGGCCGUGUUUAUCCGCUCAAGCUUGGCUGGGUCGGUGUCGUUAACCGAUCGCAGCAGGACAUACAAGGCAACAAGCCCAUGGAAGAUGCGCUGAAGGCCGAGGCCGACUUUUUCAAGCAUCACCCCGCCUACAGGAACAUCUCAACUCGGUGUGGCACCUAUUUCUUGGCCAAAACACUCAACCAAACGCUCAUGGCGCACAUUCGAGACCGGUUGCCAGACAUCAAGGCAAGACUCAACACCCUGAUGGGACAAACGCAACAGGAGCUGGCUAGCUACGGUGACAUGCACUUCCACGGAAAGGAACACCGUGGUUCGCUGAUCCUCCAGCUGAUGACGCGCUUUGCCACGUCCUUCAUUUCCUCCAUCGAUGGUACCUCGACCGAGAUCUCCACCAAGGAGCUUUGCGGAGGAGCCAGGAUCUACUACAUCUUCAACUCUGUUUUCGGCAGCUCACUCGAGUCGAUAGAUCCCACAUCCAAUCUGACAGCCCUGGAUAUUCGCACUGCCAUACGAAACUCGACUGGUCCUCGCCCGAGUCUUUUUGUCCCAGAGUUGGCCUUUGAUCUCCUCGUGAAGCCUCAGAUCAAGCUUCUCGAAAUGCCGAGUCAGCGCUGUGUUGAGCUGGUUUACGAGGAGCUCAUCAAGAUCUGCCACACAUGUGGCUCUACGGAGCUCUCGCGGUUCCCCAGGCUGCAGGCUAAGCUGAUUGAGGUUGUCUCGGACCUGCUGAGGGAACGGUUGGGGCCAGCGUCGACAUACGUGGAAUCGCUCAUUUCCAUCCAGAGGGCAUAUAUAAACACGAACCACCCCAACUUCCUGGGUGCCACGGCGGCCAUGAGCAAUGUUGUUAGCGAGAAGCAAGAGCGGGAACGGAAGAAGAUCAUCUUGGAGGAGCGCGAGAGGCGAGAGAAGCGGCGGCUCAAGGAGCUCGGAAACGGUGAGAACGCCGAGGACCAAGAUGACACGGCAAGUGUAGCCGGUGGCGAAAAUGCGGGAAGCACAGCGCUUCGUAAGCAGGUCGCCAAGGCGGGCAGGAGUCUGUCCCCAGGCGUCCGGGAGAACAGUGCAGGCGGUAUUGCGUCGACCCUGAAUGGGAUGGGUCGUUCGGCAUCACCCGCGCGAUUCAAUGGCCAGGGCUUAGGCAACGCCAAGGAUUCGUUCCUGACAUACUUCUUUGGAAAGGACGGACCUGGAGGGCUGCCAACAAGCCAGCCUUCGGCACCUAGGCAUGCUGCGCAAAACUCGCACUCUGGCCUCGCCCCAAGUGCACGGAGGAACGAGGACAGGAUGUUGAGGUCGCCCAUUCAACCCUCCUACCGUGAUAAUGAGCAGGAAGUCGGCUUGGAACCUGGCGGUGGUGAUUCGUUUGCACAGCCAUUUGGUCACAGUGGAGAGCCGGCGUUGACUGACAGGGAGGCCAUGGAGACGGAGCUCAUUCGUGCACUCAUCUCGUCUUACUUCAACAUUGUCCGCGAAUCGAUUGCGGACACGGUCCCCAAGGCCAUCAUGCACCUACUGGUGAACCACUGCAAGGACGUAGUGCAGAACCGGUUGGUGAGUGAGCUGUAUAAGGAGUCCUUGUUUGAGGAGCUGCUUUACGAGGACGAUGGUGUUGUCAAGGAGCGCGAAAAGUGUGAGAAGCUCCUUCAAACAUACCGCGAGGCAGCGAAAAUCAUUUCGGAGGUGGUAUGA